AUGUUUCGAUCUCCUAGUAAAUCACAAUCAGAUCCGAAUCUUACAAAAGAUGUCGAUGUAGUUAAUGUCACCCAGAGAAAAAGGAAACAACCUGAAUGCGAGUUGACUCUGGCUAUCUCAACACUAUCCAAUGAGGUAAAGAAAAGCCUAAGCGACCUACGCGUCGACAUCAACUCUCAAUUUUCGAGUAUCAAGGACAGUAUAAAUACUCUGAGAGGUGAAUUGAAUGCAAUUUCAUCUGACUUCUCACAGAUGCUCAGCGACGUGAAAGCCCUGCGCCUUGAUUGUGAUGCUGCUAAAGAGGAUAUAACGGAGCUAAAAUCUCAUUAUUCAGAGUUGUCUCGGGAAGUAUCAGAGUUGAAGUCUACAGUGAACUUUAAUGCUGAAAACAAUACUGAUGGUGCGAAGCGUAUUGCGGAUAUGGAGUUAAGAAUUAAAGACUCGGGAGCGGCUACCAUAUCCUUACUAGAGGGUAAAAUCGACAAGUUGGAGCAACAGGCGCGUCAUUGUAACAUAGAGAUAUGCAACGUGCCUGAAAAGCGUGGUGAAAAUCUAUCCACCGUAUUAGAGUCCAUAGCAUCUGCAAUUAAUAUGACGCUUUCACAGCGUGACAUAAUUGCGAUCCAUCGCGUCCCCCAUGCUCAUUCAAAGAAUACUAGACCUAAGAAUAUAAUAGUAAAGUUUGCAACUCGACUACUACGAGAUAACAUGCUUAGUGCAUAUCGGCUAUCAAAAGGGCUUACAUCUGACCGCAUUGGCAUAUCUGGUGCUCCAAUCCGCGUUUACAUAAAUGAACAUUUGACUCUUCGCAACAAGGAGUUAUUUCGAAAAUGUCGGGAAGCUGCUCAAGCAAAUAAGUUUAAGUACGUGUGGAUACGAAACGCUACCAUAUUGGUCAAGGAAACGGAUGCUAUUCAUACUGAAUCUGACAUAUCGAGCAAAAUCGUUGCUAAUAAGUAUCGUACCGAAACUGCUACGGAAACUUAA